AUGAAGGUCGGCAUUGCCGCCAUCUCCCUCUUCCUCGGGUGCUCCCUCGCGACCGCGCCGGCAUCCUCCGCACCCAAAGAGCCGCAGUACUGCUCCCUGCCGCCCCUGCGCCAACAGGCGGCCCUCCAGGAUGCGUGGACCGCGGAGCGCCUGGCCCUCGUGCCGGACCUCCUGGCCAAGCACGACGUCGACGCAUGGCUGAUCAGCCAGCGCGAGUACGCCGAGGAGACCGUCUUCUGGUCCCUGAAGCAGGCGGCGCAGUUCUCGGCCCGCCGGCGCACCCUCGCGCUCUUCCUCCGCGGCGGCGAGCGCUACGUCUGGGUCGACAACACGCCUGGCCUCUGGGCCCGCGUGCGCGAGGUCCUCGAGCGGCACGGCCCCGGGUCCAUCGCCGUCGACGCGGACGCGGACCUGUCGUGGAGCGGCGGCCUGCACGCCGGCGAGCUGGCGGCGCUGCGGGAGGGCCUGGGCGCCCGGUGGGCGGCGCGGUUCGUCGUCCGCCGGAUGCUCGCCGUCGAGUUCGUGGCGACCAUGGUGCCCGGCCGGCUGGGGUGGUACCGCUGCCUCAUGGGCGCGGCGUGGAGGCUGAUCGGCGAGGCCUUUAGCGAGAGGGUCGUCGUGCCGGGGGUGUCGACCACGGAGGACAUCGAGUGGUGGCUCCGCGAGGCGCUCCAGGCGCGCAACUACACCACCUGGUUCCAGCCGGGCGUCUCCGUCAUCGACGCCGACUGGGGCGUCGUAGACCAGCCAGCACCGCCCCCUCCCACCUGGAGGACGGCCAGCGGUUCCCCAGCAGCAGCAGCCGCCGCCCGCGUCAUCCAGCACGGCGACAUGCUGCACGUCGACUUUGGCGUCACGGCCAUGGGCCUCAACACGGACACGCAGCACCUGGCCUACGUGCUCCGCCCGGGCGAGACCGAGGCCGACGUGCCCGCGGGGCUGGCCGAGGGCCUGCGCAGGGGCAACCGGAUGCAGGACAUCGUGCGGUCCCGGAUGGAGGUCGGCGCCACGGGCAACGAGGUCCUCGCGCGGUCCCUGGCGCAGAUGGAGCGCGAGGGCAUCCGGGGCAUGGUGUACUCGCACGCCAUCGGGGACUGGGGCCACUCCGCCGGCACUACCAUCGGGAUGACCAACCUGCAGGGCGGAGUGCCCGUCAUCGGGGAGCUGCCGCUGCUGCGCGAUACCUACUACAGCGUGGAGCUCCUUGCGGAGCACUUUGUGCCCGAGUGGAACGCCACGAUCAAGUUCCCGCUGGAGGAGGACGUCUACUGGGACCGGGAGACGGAGAGCUGGGAGUGGGUGUAUGGCCGGCAGGAGAAGUUUCAUCUCAUCCGCACACCUGCGGAGGAGGAGAGUGACGAGCUAUGA